AAUAGGUGCUACUAAGCAAUAUUUUAAACCGAUACUACUCUUUGCUCCGAUCUAGGAAAUUCCAUAAUUAAAUAUAUUUUAUAAAUAUUUUUCAAUUUUGUAGGGUUUGUUUGAGCUCGUUGUCGCGAAAGCUCUUUCUUUAGCAGAAUUGGUAACAGGAGCUUCAUCUAAGAAGUUACCAUACCUGACAAUCUUCUACAUUAUUAGUUUGAAAAAGUUUUUUGCACAUUAUGUCUUCAGGUGAACAUGAAGAUGAUGUUCAAUUCGUUCACGAACGCUUCGGCGUGUCUCCUGAAGACCUAAAGCAUUUAGCUAAAGUGCCAAGUUUUUCGGUACUAGUUAUUGCAUUACGUUCAAAGGUACGCGACAUGAAUUCACUGAAGGAACAGAUGGUUUUACAAGAGGUGAAUUCCGAGCAUAAACAGAACGUGACAAAUCGAAGAGUGCUGCACCUUGAAGAACAGCUUAGUUCACGGAAUGAAACAGUCAAGCAAUUUCAGGAGAAAACCGAAGAACUCCAAAAGGAUGUGGAUGCUUUGAGAGAAGCGAAUUCUCUAAUUCAGUCUCAGGUUAACAAACAAUCUGAAGAGAAGAAUUCAUUAGUUAUAGAAAAACAAGAAAUGAAUUCCAGAAUUGCCGACAUGGAAAGGAAACUUGUUGAGUCCCAGAAUCUCCUUAGGACGCUUCACGAAGAAAAGCAAAAAGGCGAGGAUUCAGUCCGAAACUUGCAGCAACAGAUGCGAGAAAUGGAAGAGAAUCAGCGAAAUUUUACGUUGAAUCAAAGUAGCAAAACUCUGAAAGAAGAACUGUACUUACAAGAAAAAAAUGCUUUGGUUUCGGAUAUAAAAUUGCUUCAAGACGAAACUAGAAACAUGUCCGAAGAACUCAAAUCUUCAAGAGAAAGCCAGAAUAUACUCCAGGAGCAAGUUACUUCACUUAAGGUUAGUAAUUCUGAGUUACAGAAAAAGUACGCAAAAGUUGUUCAUGAGAGUCAAACUAAAUUGAGGGAUGAAGGAUCAGGUACUUCUACUACAGCAAUGGAAGUUGACAAUCAGAAUGACGUUUUUAAUGAUUUACAAAAGGAGCUUGAAGCUCAGCAACGUUUAACCACUUUAUGGGAGUCUCAAUGCUCAGAACUUAAAUCACAACUAAAUAAAUCACUCAAUUAUCAGAGUACUUCCGAGGACUUAGACACAUCUUCUAAUGAGUCUUUAAAAGAACAGUUGGAAACAAGCAAGAAUCAAUUGAAAGUUGCUAACGAAACAAUUAACAAUUUACAAUCCGAAGUUGAUAAAUGUGCUAGCGAACUGCAGGUUACAAAAGAGAGAAAAGAGGUAUCCCCGACAGGUGUUGGUCUUUUUUCGUCAAUUGCUCAGAAACUAAGUGCAUCACAGAACCCUGAAAUAUCUUUCACGAAAGUGUAUUCUGACAAUAUGCGGUUACAGCAAGCAGUUUUGAAUUUGCAGCAACAACUUGAUCGUGCUAACGAUAAGAUUUGUUGGUUUUUCUAUCAAAUUAAACAACGUGUUCCAAUUUUUCAACAACAAAGGGAGGAGAUUGCAAGAAAUAACGUUUAUAUGAUUGAUAUGAGUGAACAGUUGUCCACGUCAAAAGAAAUUAUUAAUCAUACCAAACAAGAAUUUGAGGGUUUAAAGUUACAGCACGAAGAAACUCAUUUAAGACUUAUGGCUACUCAAGUUCAAUGUCGAGAUCUGACGCGGGAGGUUCAGUGUCUUCUCUUACAGUUAGAUCACAUGCAAGGAGCGGGUAUUAGAGACUUACCCCAAAAUAUACAAGAAGCUUUGGAUAAAUAUUCCAAACAGCCAUCCGGGGAUGAACUAACAAUGUCUGUUGAAAUUCCCAAUUUUACGUCGGUACAAGAUGCUUUAAGACAAGUCUUACAGCUUCGCGAAAACAUACGAGCUCUUGAAUGCAAUUUGGAAAUCCAAAAAAAAGCUUCUGAGUAUCAACUUUCAAUCAGGACCGAAGAAUUGAAUGAUCAACAUGAACAUUCGACAAAUGCACUACAAAAUGAGCUGAAGUUGGCCAACACCAAAAUGGAAAAUUUUGUUCAUGAGCGUAGUGUCCUUAAAGAAAUGUUAAACAUGUAUAAAGAAAAGCUUGCUCAAAGCGUUUCCCAAAAGACUUCUACUGAAAACGGUCCUUCACAGGCAGUUGAUGAUAUUGAAAAACAACUAGAGAUGUAUCGAAGCGAGAUGGUUGCAGCUAAUGAAUCACUUUCUAAGAGGAUUAAUGAUCUUAUUAGCCAGCUUGAACAGACACGAAAAGAAGCGAACAAAGUGAAAUAUCGUGAACAAUUAAGCUUACAACGACUAAAUGUAUCUAGACAGAACGUCGAUUCUCUCAGAAAAGAAAUGAACGAGCUGAAAUCCCUUAAUGGUUAUCUUCAAGAGGUCCUCAAUCGUCAAGAUUCGAAUGCCGGUAGAAUAUAUGAAGAGCACAUUCAACUCAAAUCAUUAUGUUCAAGAAUGAACAGCGAGAUUGCAAAUUUGACCAGUGAAAAGGAGGUUUUCGGUAAAAUUCAGCAACGAUUGACUUCAGAAAAUGAUAAUUUGCUGGCUGAGCGAGAACGCUUGACAAAUCUUGUUUCUAAUUUGCAAUCACUUCUCAACGAGCAACAAAGGAUUUUUUCACUCAAUAAAAUUUCUUUUGAGACUAAAAAUAAGGAAUUGGAAGAAGCCAUUAACACGUUGCAAGAUUCUAAUCAAAAAUUAGAAAACUCUUUGCAAUUAGCAAAUGAGCUAACAAAUGCGAAGGACAUAGAUAUAGAUUCUCUUCGGCAAAAACUCGACGAAGUUGAAGCUACGAAACAAGAGCACCUAAAAGUUAAGGACUCUCUUGAAUUGGAAAAUAGGGGAUUACAGUCACGAAUAAGCUCAGAAAUUAAUAAAGUAGAGGAACUCCAAAGAAAGCUGUCUCAUCAACAGUCGAUGUCGGCUUCCGAACGUGAAACUGAGCUGAGUUCAGUUGUGUUUGAUUUGAAAACAGAAAAUUCAUCUUUGCAAACCAGUCUUAAUGCAUCAAACGACAACAUAAAGCGUCUAGAGGAAGCUAGUCGCUUAGCUGAAGAAACUCUAGAGAAGCUUCAAAGGGAAUACCAAUCAUUGCAGUUGUCUACUUCAAAACAAUUAAAAGAAAAUACUGAAAAUAUUAAAGCUUUAGAGAAGAGAAGCAAUGAGCUUGAGGAAAAACUCAUCAAAGCUCAACAACAACACCAUAAUGAUAACGAGCAAAAGGAUGGCAGGAUUUCCGUACUGAUAAAAGAAAAUGAACAACUAACAACAGAAAUUACAGAUGCUCGUAACUUAGAGAAGAAACUACUUCAGAAACAAAGAUCGCUACAACAAGAGGUUGUGAAAUUAUCUGAAGAUUGCCGAAAAGCACAUGAUGCCUAUGAAAAGGAGUUGCUCCGACAUGCAAAUGCGAUGUCAAGUCUCCAAAAACUCAGGACUGAGUACGAGUCUGUACUUGAACGCACUAGUAAUGUUUCUGAGCCUACUGAGUCUAAUAAUCGCAUUGCAACUCGAGAGAUUACAGAUACACCAGACCUUGCCUCUACGGCUCCAAAUGUGGUGGCUCUUAGAAAACAAAACGCCUUACUUCUUGCGCACAUACAAACACCAACUGACCCUAACUCAUCUACCUUAGACAUUAAGUCGGAAAAACUAGGUUUCGUCAUGAAGCUCUCAUUAUCAGAUCUUCAAACUUACGUUAAGCAAAUGUUUAAUGAGGUUAGUAUUCUCACUUGUCAAAAAGAGCUUACUUUGAUUGAAAACAAAAGGUUGAAAAAGUUGGUCGAACAAUCGAAUCAAAUUAUUAUAGAAUUUCAGUCCACACAAGAAGUUUCAACAACUGAAAUGAGUUCUGAUGGGACACCCACUGACAAUAAUCUUCCUCAAAUGGUGAAGUUAUUGAACGAUAGUAAUAAAUUCCUACGCAAGAAGGAAGAGGAACACAAUGAUAUAAUCAACAAAUUACAAGAGAGAGUUAAUUCUCUUGAGCGUGAUUUGGAAGCUCAAUUGAAUCACUGUCGAGAGUUAGAAAAUGAGGUAUCGAGCGUGAAAGAAAUUACGCGCCGGACUGAAGAAGAUAACCAGAGACUCCAGCAACAUAACCAGCAAAUCCUUUAUUCACUGAAGGAAAACAAAGUUUCAGACAGUUCGGCAGAGGCUUCGAAAGCUGAUGAAAAACUGUUGGACGAGCUACGCCAGAAUAUUGAGAAGUUGACUACCGAACUUAAUUCAACUAAGGAAACAAUCGAAAAAUUAGAAUCAGAAAAAACAGAUGCUUCAAAUACGAUCGAACAGUUGACUGCUAGAAGUAAAACAGUUGCCGCUGCAUGGAGAUCUAAGUAUGACCAACUUGUUGCUAAAAGUUUGGAAAAGCACAAUCAAGUUCGCCAACAACUUUCCCAAAAGACUUCGGAGCUUGAAUCGAAAAUUCAAGAAACUAAUACACUCAGAGGAAAACUUCAAAAAUAUGAAGAAAAUGGUGUCUCUGGAGAUAAUGAUGGAGAUCGUCAAAAUCUCAAAGAGGUCAGUGAUGAUUCCCAGAGAGCUGAAUAUAUAUCGACCCAGCAAAGGCUCGUGGAAGCUACGGCUGAAUUGGAUGCUACUAAAAAGGAAGCUUUAUCACUAAGGGAAAGAAUUGGUCAGCUCGAUAAAGAAAAGUCAACUCAAUCCGCUGGUUGUGAAACGACAAAGGAAGAAGUAGAGAAGAAGAACCAAGCUUUAAAGCAGGCUGUCUUGAAGUUACGUUCUAGGAUUACUCAAGAAGUGCAAAAGAAUGACGCCAUGAGUAAACAAUUUAAAGCACUUGAAGUUCAACUGGAGAAGUUGCGUGAAUCGUCUGAGUCGCAAACGCAAAACGCACAUAAUUCAGAAAGCUCAAAGACGUCUGACGAACAGAAAUGGAACUCUCUAUUAAAAGAGAAAGAAGAUAUGCUCUCUGGUACUUUCCAGAUUGUUUUCGAAGAGCCCUUCGAGAAGAUAGUUACAUCCAGUUCUGACUUCCCCGAUGCAGUCAAAAGGGAAUGGAAAAAACGCCAAGAAGGACUUCUUAAAAAGAUUCAAGAGGAAACCAAACAAAGCCAUGAACGACAAAUUAGCAACCUUAGAACCGAGUUAGAAAUGAGAAGCAAGUUAAAACUUAGUAUGCUUGAAAAGAAUUUAGCAAAAGUUCGAGCACAGUUACAAGAGAGUAAUGCCCAAGACAAGGAUCCCUCAGUUAAAGCAACACAGUCGAAAGAUGAUGAGAAGUCUAGUACGAUAACGCCUAAAACUAAUGAGUCUACGAAGGAAUCAAACGAUGAUCAGGCGAAUGCUUCCUUGAAACGCCCUCGAUCUGGUGGUGAAAAUGAGGUUUCUUCUUCAGCAAUUAAGAAAUCAAAAUGAGGAAUUGUAUUAUACCAAGACGCAUCCUAAAGCUUAUAUAUACGAUCAUUUUUUGUGGGUUUGUUUUGUUAAUGUAAUUAAAAAGAUGAAAUAUAUUGUUUGGUUUAAAAUGCUUGAUAUAUAACUACGUAAGCUUAUUAUAUGAAUAAGUCAAAUAGUUCUACAUAAUAAAUGGACGUUAAGUUCAAAUUGAU